AUGACUUUAGAAGACCCAUUUUACGUCGUCAAGGAUGAGGUGUUCAAGGCACUAAACAAAACAAGGGGCCUUUAUUUACGCUGGCAAGAGUUGUCAAAAUCACCUCCAGUGCCCAAUAGCCCGGAAGUUGAGUGGACCUCAACAGAGCUGAAGAAUGCACUACGUAGUAUUGAGUGGGAUUUGGAGGACUUAGAAGACACAAUUAGUAUAGUAGAAAAAAACUCAUCAAAAUUUAAGAUUGAUAACAAGGAGAUUUGUGAACGAAGGGCAUUUAUUGAGGCUACAAAAAAAGAAGUAAAGAUUAUGAAAGGCAAGAUGACUUCAAACAGAAAGAAUGAUAUUGAUGGGACAGCACGAGAGCCUCUACUGGGUGAGGAGAGCCCAAUACAUUUUGGUAAUUUCUGGGCAACAACGCCUCAGAGUUCCAGAUACUCGAGGUUAGCGAAUCAGACUGACAGUCCGCCGCCAUUUGAUAUGUACGAAAGUGAUAUAAUGUCUCUGCAAGAGGAGAUGUUAAUGAAUCAAGAUAAUCAGUUGAAUGUUAUCAGUAAUUCUGCCGCUAAUCUGAAGACAGUUUCAAAGCAAAUUGGUAAUGAACUGGACGAACAAGCUGUUAUGUUGGACGACAUGAAUACGGUACUCGAAAAUUCCGGCUCCAGAUUAGAUUCUACUGUAAAGAAAGUUGCAAGAGUUAUUCAAAUGAAUAAUGAUCGACGUCAAUGGCUGGUGAUUCUGGUUUUAAUUGGACUUCUGCUUCUUAUUUUAUUACUGUUUAUUAUUCUAUAAGUAACUUCUAUCUAGCAUUACUCCAAACAGUAUAUUAUCUUGCCCUUUUGUAUUGUAUCCAUUUUGAUUGUAGAUUAUUAGGUAAGUUUUAUGUAUCAUGAGAGUAUAAUUUAUUUUAUUGUAACUGGUUUGAAUAUCGCCUUCUUUUUUGUAAUGUAUUUGUGUACCGUAUAAUUUUCUAUCUCGAAAACAUUCUUAGGAAAAAACCUUAUAUCCUACAUUGUCUUAUUUAAAUUUGUUUGUUUUAAUUGUUAAGGUCCUGUCCCACCAAAUUAUAGUCUGAUAACAAUCCAACA